AUGAUACAGAUUAUUAAAAAUAUGAAUGAAUUCCGAGCAUUCCUGAAAGCUGCUGAAUGCAAACUUGUGGUGAUUAAGUUUUCAGCAAAAUGGUGUGGUCCCUGCAAAAGGAUGUGCCCUCUUUUUCAAGCAAUGUCUCUGCAAUACCAAAAUGUGAUGUUUGCUGAUGUGGACGUGGACGAAGCUCAGGAGUUGGCCCAAACAUGUCACAUCAAAACAUUACCCACAUUUCAGAUGUUCAAGCAAGCCCAGAAGAUUUUUGAAAUGUGUGGAACUGAUGCUAAGAAACUGGAAACGAAGAUUCGAGAACUAAUGUAA